AUGCUUAACGUACUUCAUGUGACUAUUCUGCUAGUCGCUUUCCCAAAUGUUACUCCAUCCUGGAAUGCGGAAGAAUUGGCCCUAUAUGAUUUGGUUGAGGAAAUCAACAGUAAUUUCUAUGAGCUCUUUGGUAUCGCAAAGGAUGCAUCGAUAGCAGAGAUCAAAAAAGCCUACCGAAGGCUCAGUCUAGAAUGGCAUCCUGAUAGAAACAGUGCACCCGAUGCUUCUGAAAAGUUCAGACAGGUGGUCUCGAUAUAUGAAGUCCUGAAGUCAACUGAAUUGAGGGAGAAAUACAACAAUGUGCUGGAAUUUGGCUUGCCUGACUGGAGGCAGCCCAUAUACUACUACAGGAAAAUGCGAAAACUCGCCUGGUACGAGGCUAUUCUUGUGCUUGUCGGCGUGUCAACCAUUGCCCAUUACUUGAUGAUGUGGGCAGCUUACUACGAAAAAUACUUGGUUUUAUCGCAGAAUCUGAAAAAGUCUAGAAAGCGUGAAAAGAAGGGGAGAGCCCGAGUGUUCGGCAACACAACUGCGAGAAGCAUUGGAAGUCUACCGGCCACAGUUUUAUGGUCUGCUACCCUUUCUCAUUGUCAAAGGUUCAUGGAGUGCUUUUAUGGUACGUUUAGAGGUGCUGUAUUUGCAUAUAAAGAAAUUAUUUCACUAAUUUCGAUGGCUCAGGAGUAUAUGACUCGCAGAGAACCAGAGGAAGAGGUUGAAGUGGUGGAGCCUCGCAGGCCUGCCCCAACCCCUCGAGCUCCAGAGUUCACUUACGAGAUGGCUACUGAUUUGAAACCCGUCAGCACUAACAAUCCCGAAUUAUACGCUAAGUAUAUGUCCGAACACGAGGAGUCUACCAAAAGUUUGUUUCCGAAUUGUCAUGAACUUUUCUUAUUUUUUGCUACUGUUACCAGCUC